AUGGUUACUACAUUGGCAUUUCUACUCUUAUUUUCCGUCACCGAGGCAAUGAAUUACAAACUAGGCCUGCUCAUCCCUUUAAAACAAGCAGAAUACACAAAGCAAGGGAACUACUAUGCGUCUGCCAUCAGCAUCGCUAUUGACGACAUCAAUAAGGAUAAUAACCUUUUGAAGGACCAUAACAUUACGUUUGUUUGGAAUGAGACAAAUUGCAGCGAAGAAGGGGACGAAAACAAGACUAUACGUGCGCUAAUUCAUCAGUUAUACGAGGAAAAAGUUUCUGCAAUUAUCGGGCCCGGAUGCAACUGCAACACUUCAGCUCGGAUAGCUGCUGCAUUUAAUGUUCCCAUGAUAUCAUAUGUGAGUAUACACUUUUUUCCUUUUUAGCCAGACGACACACAUCUAACGUUCAAGUUACGUCAGCUGUUUUCUUUUUUUUGUUUUUAUUUUUUUACCUUUUGAAAGUUGCGUGUCUGCUGAAUAGAGUUAGACCUCUAAUAAGAUCUAACGUCAACUGAACAAUAAUUUCAUUUCGGGGUUUUGUUGUUGUUUUUGUUUGUUGGCUGUUUUCUCGGAUACUGAGUAGAGAGACAGUCCUACUGGAAGUUAUCCUCCAUUUAGACUGAAUUACAACUGCACUAACCUUCUGGUACAAUUGAGAUUGCCUGAAAGAAACAACAUUUAGACUCUUAUACGGCCGUGCCGUGCCAUCGCAUCCUUGUAGUAUCCUUGGAAACCCAGGGGCAGCUAACAGUCCCACAUCAUGUUACGAGUGAAAAAACUGCAGCCGUAAAGUUUAUGAGAAGAAAAAAAGAGCCAAUGGGCGCCUUCUCUUGUCCAACCAGCUGCAGAGGAAGAGAAGAUAUUGUUAAGUUCACGGUGUCUGAUUGACAUAUUUCAGGCCAAAAGGAAACGGAGAAUUUGAAAUCUUCAGGAACGUACUCGGAGAGAAUGUAUGGCAAUGACCAGGGGUCUUCCAGCUCUCGCUAAAAACUUUCCCUAGUAGCGAUUUAAACAAAUGAUUACCUGUCCCAAUAAGUUGUUCCUAUGGGUCUUCAAGAAUAAGGGUCCUCUGCUUUCAAUAAUUCGACUUCAACUUGUUAGAAAUGAAUUCUAAAUUCCAACUUCUUUUAUUAAUAGCAACAAUCUGCAACAAAAUUAGUUGAGUCUCCUUGGCCUAGAGGGCCUCUUUGACGUUUUGCUAACUGAAAAAAGGGGAAAGAUAAGUUUUUUUCUCCCCCAACCCCUCCACAUAAUGCUGUGCCGCUGUUCGAGCUACCUGUAUAGAAAACAACACCUCGAUCAACUUUGAAUGAAGAGGAGAACGCGACAUAUCCGGGAACUUUAAGUGAAGGAGAUUGUUUUGUUUUCUGAAGUGACCCCAUUUGACGGCGAUGUCUUAACAAUUUUGUCACCGAUUGAAUAUUUACGAAAAUGUAAAUGAGCCAAAGAUUAGACAAUAUGCUUAAAAUUUCGCCUUUUUAAGUAUCUACGGCCUGCUACUUUCAAACAUUUUUCGGUUCCACGAUCAAGUUAUUUACCCUCUUUUGUACAAAACCAGGAUAGCAAACGAAAAGCCUUUAUUAGUAGUAUUCAAAAUGUUGGGGCAGCGAUGGAGAUUGAGCAAUUUUCUUUAAACUCUUUACGUUCACGAAAAUUGUUUUGGAAUUACCAUAGACGUUCAUUCCAACAAUUUCAGAUCAUUAACUUUACAUUGAAAAUUACCGUAGAGGUUUCCUUCAAAAUCGUCGAGGACUACGAGAGAACAUAAGUUGAGUAAGUACUGGUAGAGGUCGCUAUAUCCUUAGAUCAUCAAUUUGUUUUUUUCAUUUGAUUUAUUUAUUCUUUGUUUAUGCUUCCUUUUUGCAUAGAUGUGCGUUAGCACUGAACUUUCAAAUAAGAAGCUUUAUUCGACGUUUAUGAGAACCUACGCGCAAGCAUCGAAAAUACCCGAGUACCUAACUAUGUUGCUUCAGUAUUACAAGUGGAAAAAUGUGGGCCUCAUGUUUACGAAAAAGAAAGAAUGGUUAACUCGCAAGGAAGACAUCGUCAAAAAGCUGAAACUGGCAAAGAUUAAGAUCCGGAUAGAAGUAGAGCUUGACGAUUCGGACCUAUUCGAGUUCAACGAAACAGAAUACAUGAAACAAGCCAAGCGGAAAUUGAAGUUAAUCAAGGACCAGGCUAGAAGUGAGCAAACAAAUUAGUGAUUGCUGUUUUACGUGUAUUUUUACAGACGGAGGUGGCCGGAUUAAUGUCUUUCUAGAGUUUGCGUUGAGUGACUCAAGGCAUAAAGCGGUAGUUCCCAGAAUGGAACAGUAACAAUUUUUUGCGCGAUCAUGGCCACUAAUAACAACAACAAGGCGCAGCAUACAUUUCUGUCCGACAACGCCACAAAAAAAAUAGGGAAAUACAGUAAACACCCGCAUAUAACUGAGAACACACGAUUUCGGAGUUCAGGCUGAUUGAGUUCUUAUUUAUCGGGUGCUUGAUGAAAAAUCAGCCUCAAAAGGUUCUCAAAUUUUUAUUUAGUAAUGCUAUCCAAAACAUGUUGCUAGAGGUAUAUCUAGUAUAUUUUAGGAAAAUAAAAUAAAUAAUUAUUCUGUAAUUUGAUUAUAUUAAUAAAUGAAGUUAUCUGACAGCAAACAUAAACUUACAUGUUUUGUAUUCAUGACACUUUUUCCAUGUUACAAUUUUCAGGCUGAUCUUGUUCUCAUAAAAAUAGGGCUUUAUUGGCCAAAUUUCAGCCUGGUGUUCUUGAUCCAUUUGUUCUUAUAUGCAGGUGUUUACUGUAGUACUGAUUGCGAUAACAAUAACCAUAAUGACAUUGAUAAUGAUAAUGACAAUAAGAAUGAGACUGAGAACGAUAACAACAACGACAAUGGUAAUGAAAAUGAUAACCUCUCUUGGAUAGUAUAGUAAUAAUUAUAAGAAGCAGGGUGGUUAGCAGUUAUUCUAGACCUCUAUUUUCAUGGGUCCCAUUUUAACUUGCACUUCCUACAAUACUUUCAUUAAAACCAAAGCCGAAUAACCCUCGUUGUAAACGUGCAUUAUAUUGGACCUAAUAACAAUGAUGUUGUUUCAUUUACAGUUAUUAUUGUACUGGAAGACUUCCGUUACGCAAAAGAACUGCUUCUUCCUGCUUGUGAAGAGGGACUCACCAAUGGUGAUUAUGCAUUCAUCCUCUUUUUCUUAAAUCACCUCGAGGUUCUAGUAAACAAAAACACCUCUCAUUCCUGGGCGUACCCCCAUUGCGACAGCAACGAUUCCUACAGCAGAUGCAAAUUCCAACAGGCUUUUGACUCAGCUCUGGUGAUGUCAUUGAAUAUAAACGAAAGCAGCAGAUCGUACACAGAUUUCCAGCAAACCGUAAAACAGCGGUCUAAAGAGUCGCCUUUUUACAGCCAAGUUUAUGAAGGCCACUUAUUCGACAACACAGAUUUCCCACCAAAAAACCAGACUGAGGUAAGUACGUAAGCAAUACUGAUGUUUUUACUGCUUCUUUAUUUUGUCCCUUUUUUUGCAAAUAAUGUUAUUUUCACACUUGCAGGUUUUACUGACUAAAAAAAAAAACAGGAGACCUAGACAUUGUAAUUUAGACUUUUUUGUGUCAAGAAAUUUUAUCGUAUUUGAACGUAUACAUUUUUUUUUUUGACCUGUCAAACUGUGCUGUUGAUAGCUAUAUGCGUGUUUCAGCCAGUACUCGCUGUUUUUUUACCUGAAGGGAGGAAGAUCCUAAUUCCAGGAACACCCUAAAAGGCGAAUCAUCCUAGCGCCAUAUGUUUCACGUAAUCAAUUUACAUGCAAAAAGUUUUACUUGUCCCUAGUGCUAGGAUCUUCCUAGCGAAGCACCAUGUCAACUGUUUUCGCUAGGAAGGGCCCAGUACCAGGUACAAACCACACAAAAAUGGCGGCGGGUCGUUUAGUGGGUAAUCGGACCAAACUUUCUGCAUGUAAACUCAACGAAUCUUCCCAGUGGCGGAUCUAGACCUUCAGAUAGAGAGGGGUGGGGGGUGGGGAUGGGGGGCGGUCAUCCAGACCCUGAGAUAAGGGGGGCCCGGUCUCAUUUUGGUCUAAAAAUGAGGGGGUAGACGGGCCCCCCAGGCCCCUCCCCUGGAUCCACCACUGCUUCCUCCGUCCAUGUAAGCAGCCCCUCAUAGUAGAGUCAACUUAAUUCAGUGAAGACUGGAUAGCAAAGUUUUGAUAAUCCCCGUUGGUUAAAUUUGUUUUCUUUAUAACCAAAUUGACAAAACUUAUUAGGUUACUGUAUGGAAAAUAUACAAAACUAAAAUAAAUUCGUUGCCUUUUUUCAUUUCGUAUAACGAUCGUUCUGUACCCACUGACGACCUAUCAGGAAUGUCUUCCUACAACUUGAGGCGCUGACCAUUAGUCGGAACUGACCAGCCAAAAAAGAGAAUUUUGCUUUCAAUCAGAAAUCAGGACUAUCAAGCCCGAUCAGUCUUUUUCUAAGUUUCAUUCACGACAGAGAUAGGUUAUUAGCGAAACCUCUCUAGAAAAGCCUUUGUCAUGAUCAAAAUGACCAGCCAGGCGGCCUGUUCCGAUUUAUGGUAAGCAUUUUAAAGGGAUUAUAUCACGAAGAAAUGGGUGUUUUACAACUCUGGGUGUUUUAGGUUAAUUCUGUGCUGAAGUAAUUACUUUGCGCCUUCAGCCACACUCAAAAUGCUCCAGCCCUGUAGAAUUAUGAAGAAGGUAUCAAACAAAUUUUAUCAGGGCACACUAGCCAUAAGAAAUGUCUUGGAGAUAUUUACUAGCGCAUAGCAUUAAAACUUCAACAAUUCAGCCUAACUUUUUCAAGAUUUGAUCCAUGUCCGUCCUUCCGCCACCCGUAGCAACAGACGACAAGAAACAGUUUCAAUGCUUAAAUGUGGUCUUAAAAACAAAACAAUACAUGUCCUUUAUUUUUGGAAUUUAACUGAUACGACACACGUUUUAGCUUUUUUUUUUUUAAAUAAGAAAUAACGUGAUAUAGUCCCUCUGAGUGUUCCAGUAUAAUUUUUAGGAUCAUUAUACAUUUCUGGGAAACUACCCACCUACCCCUAGUAGUAUAGGGCGCACCGGUUACUCCGGUUUUUUGAGCAGGAAUCUCAUUAGCGUGAGCAGGAAUACAUUAACACCGAUGACGUCAUAGGCUAUUGUCUUGAUCUCAUGAAUAAAAUGCGCAGGGAUGCCAUUAAGAUAAGGUCAUGUGCUAUUUUUAGUUGGUUUAGGAUAUCUAGUUACUUUAAGGUCGAUAAACGUCUUCGUUUUCGAUUGGUUAGUUAGAAAAUAAGAAACGUUUUUAUUGGUUAAUUCAUACUGUCUGAGGAGUAAAGUCAAACUUGUCUGUGACUUAAAAUCACAGAGGCGUAAUGUAAUUAUGCAAGUCCUAUUUCCUGCUGCUGUGAUUGUCCUAGUUCCGGUUCACUGACUUUUGGCGGGCAAAUCGUGCGUAUUAAUGAGGGCAAAGACAAACUAGCUCUUGUCCUAUUUGCUGCUGCUGUGAUUGUCCUAGUUCCCGUUCACUGAUUUUUGGCGGGCAAAUCGUGCAUAUUAAUGAGGGAAAAGGCAACAUAGGCAACAUAGCUCUUUUUUUACACUGCAAACAAUGUUUUACUUACCCCUCUCCUUGUCACAAUUUUGUUAUUUUCCUUCCGCAAUUUUUUUAUUCCCAUUUUUCCCUCCUCCUCCUCCUCAUUUCUAUUGUUUUCCCUCCACCACCAUCACCACUACCGCCACAUUUCUAUUGUUUUCCCUCCACCACCACCACCACCACCACCACUACCACCACCGCCACAUUUCUAUUGUUUUCCCUCCACAACCGCCACCACCACCACCACAUUUCUAUUGUUUUCCCUCCACCACCACCACCACCACAUCAUUUCUAUUAUCUUCCCUCCACCACCACCACAUUUCUAUUGUCUUCCCUCCACCACCACCACCACCACCACAUUUCUAUUAUCUUCCCUCCACCACCACCACAUUUCUAUUGUCUUCCCUCCACCACCACCACCACCACCACCACAUUUUUAUUAUCUUCCCUCCACCACCACCACAUUUCUAUUGUCUUCCCUCCUCCACCACCACCACCACAAUAGAAAUGUGGUGGUGGUGGAGGGAAGAUAAUAGAAAUGAUGUGGUGGUGGUGGUGGUGGAGGGAAAACAAUAGAAAUGUGGUGGUGGUGGUGGCGGUUGUGGAGGGAAAACAAUAGAAAUGUGGCGGUGGUGGUAGUGGUGGUGGUGGUGGUGGUGGUGGAGGGAAAACAAUAGAAAUGUGGCGGUAGUGGUGAUGGUGGUGGAGGGAAAACAAUAGAAAUGAGGAGGAGGAGGAGGGAAAAAUGGGAAUAAAAAAAUUGCGGAAGGAAAAUAACAAAAUUGUGACAAGGAGAGGGGUAAGUAAAACAUUGUUUGCAGUGUAAAAAAAGAGCUAUGUUGCCUUUUCCCUCAUUAAUAUGCACGAUUUGCCCGCCAAAAAUCAGUGAACGGGAACUAGGACAAUCACAGCAGCAGCAAAUAGGACAAGAGCUAGUUUGUCUUUGCCCUCAUUAAUACGCACGAUUUGCCCGCCAAAAGUCAGUGAACCGGAACUAGGACAAUCACAGCAGCAGGAAAUAGGACUUGCAUAAUUACAUUACGCCUCUGUGAUUUUAAGUCACAGACAAGUUUGACUUUACUCCUCAGACAGUACGAAUUAACCAAUAAAAACUUUUCUUAUUUUCUAACUAAACAAUCGAAAACGAAGACGUUUAUCGACCUUAAAGUAACUAGAUAUCCUAAACCAACUAAAAAUAGCACAUGACCUUAUCUUAAUGGCAUCCCUGCGCAUUUUAUUCAUGAGAUCAAGACAAUAGCCUAUGACGUCAUCGGUGUUAAUGUAUUCCUGCUCACGCUAAUGAGAUUCCUGCUCAAAAAACCGGAGUAACCGGUGCGCCCUAUACUACUACCCCUCCCAUAAGCCAACUUUAACAUUUACUUCUUACCGUGGGCAAAGUGUUGGCUUAAGGGAGGGGGGGAUCAUUAACUAACCUACAGGUAUAUUACCUUAACCUACAGGUACCAGUAUACGCAGCCUUUCUUUACGAUGCUGUUUACCAGUAUGCCGUUGCCUUAGAAAAGACUUUGGCAAGAAAUGAAACACCCGACGGGUUAAACAUUAUUUCAAAGCUUUUAAACAAAGAAUACAAUAGUAAGUGUUACGCAGCUGAAACUCGAUCAUAUUACUCAAAUUAGGGUUUUUUAAGGCCUCUGUCAAAGUUGUCUAUCAACAAGUGUGUUUGGAAAUUAAGAUUGUUUGGCCAUAUCACUCUAUAGGAAAUAUAAUUUACAUUACACGUUUAGAAUGAUGCAUAUAUUCAAAAUUUACUAUCUUAUGAAAGUUUUUGAUAAAUUUAACACUAAAUUUUGGCUAGCCAGCGCUACAGACGAAACUAAACUCUGGUUCAGUCCGUCUGGCGAAAUACAUUGUAGCGCCGAAAUCCUUGCUUUGAGUACGCGCCAUGAUUGGCCUGUUAAAAUAUGAUAUUGUAGAUUUGCCAAUCAGGUUGAAAGGAAAUUCGAAACACAUUUCCGGUAAUUCGUUGAAUCCGCUGAGGGGCCUGGACAAGGAUUUUGCCGCUGCUUCGCAGUCGAUACCAUCCGGGAUUAAAUAACGUCUUCUACGCAGGCUAAACUUUGGCCGGCUUUAAAAUGACGUUGUUCUGGCAGUUUUUAUUGAAGUGCAAUACACAUUCAUUCCAAACGUGAAGUGUUGGAAAUAUUAAAAAAAAAAUAUGAUUUUCAUUUCAUUAAUCACCAUCCCGCCACCUUGGUCAUAUGACAGAUGACGUGACUCUGAAGAAAAAAAGAAAGAAACGUCAGAAAACGUUAACGCCACAAGUGUGACCCUCCACAGGAUUUUAAUGCUAAAGGUGAAAGCACGCGCACGACACGCUUUCACUUUAAAACAAAAGAAUUUAUUUUAACACGCUUUAGCACGCUUCCAAUCUUGCCUCAUUAGCAAUUUCUUUUGUUUCAGAGGACACGCUUGAGACAAUUAAGCGUGAGCAAGUCGAACAAAAAAGCGUGUUAAAGUUUUCAAACAAAAGCUCCGUGCGAAAAAGCACAACACGCUUUCAGUGUGCGCAAAAGCACGCAAGGCGUGUUAUCUAUAAGCUAAAUAAAUUUCCUCUACAAAAGGGAACCGUAAAUGAUUAUGAACGGCACCUUUUUUUCGUAACUAUCGAGAAAGAAAAAGUUAUACCUCAGCGAUCGCAGCGAUAGUAUCUGAUUGAAAAAACGUUGUCGCUUGAAAAGUAUAAACAGUGAACGGUGUGACCUACUGGAUUUAUGGGUAGAACUAUAUUAGCAUUGCAAAAUCAAAGUUCUUUCCAGAAAUGUUUACUGACGAAGCUGUGCAAAGGUUAUCUUAAAUUUCCUUAAUUUAAAACACAAUUGCAAUUUUCUCAGAAACAGUGAUCUUUCGGACUUAAGACACUUUCUUGCCGAUCGCAAGGGAGGGAAUGAAAUGGAAAAAAAUUAAACUUCGGAAAAUCGUAAGGAAUUUAUUAGAUAACCUUCGAAAAUUGUACGUGCAUGGAACGGUCAUCUAGAAAUGUUUAGCCUUCCUCAACCUAUAGAAAAUUCUAGGCAGUUUUUGUUUCUCCGAUUUAAUUACCUACCUUCGUCUCAGCAUGGCUUAAAGAAAUAUAUUAAACUAGUUUAUUCAACUUCAUUUCUCUGUGCAUUACUGCUAAUAAAUAUCCCGGUGGCAUAACUAUAAUUUUCAGGCGACAUAACUUCAGUGCCUCGCAUGCGACGGCAGGGCCUCUUUGCCAAUCCCUUCAACAGCCGACAGCCGGAGGAAUUGGUUUACACUGAUCUCGCGUUAAUUCCAGGCUAGCCCGCCAUUAAGUCGUGAUUUUCAUAUGGCCACGGUUACGAUCAAAUUCCAAAACAGUCUCAAUUGGUGUAUUUGAUACACUUCGACCAGUUAUCAAUGCUGAUUAAAUCCGCUGAAAACCCAAGCCAUUUUUAUCAUCUUAGCAGUUUUAGUAAUUCAGCGUGUUCAGCGUGUCUUACCCAAAUUUCACGCUAACCGUGCUAUAAUUCGCACACUUACCGUGACAUAUGGCACGCUACAAAAAAACAAAAGGUCUAGCGUGUUAAAUUUUCCAAAACAAAGGCAAGUGUGUCCGUCUUUGUUUUUUCAAUUUAAUAUGCGCAUAUCUGUGAUCUACGGCACGCUAAGCGUGUCGUGCAAGCGUGUCGCGCGCGUGCUUUCACCUUUAGCAUCAAAUUCCUGUGGAGGGUCACAAAUGUCGAGGAUGAUGAAGUCUUUCUGCGUACCAAAUAAAUUCAAAAUAGCUAGAUUUUAUUUAUUUAUUUUCUGAAAGUACUUUUUAACCUAAUUGCCUACUCAUACCCUUGUUAUACUUACUGAAAACAUGAAGGUGCGAACAAAAAGUUGCAUCCUUAAAGGUCAUACUCUUGGAAAGUGCUCAAUAGACGUUAUGACAGAGCAAAAAAAUAGUAAUAAUAAAACAGAAAAAUUACAGCGAAAUUCGUUGUAUCGCGCUGCUUGUGUAUGCACACAUCGAAGGGGUUUUGAGUUUUUCUGUUCCGUCAAUCGUUUUAAUGAAGGCGGGGUUAAUGUAAAUCACAAUGUAACGUGUUCGCUGACUCUAGAAUGCUCAAGAAUAGCGAAGGAAAUGGCGAUGGUGAGCGGAUUUUUUUCGAGGGAAGGAGGCAGACGUUGCUUUAUUCUUGCAAGUGACAAGAAUAAGAAAGAUCAGGAAAAUCUGCGAAGCAAAUUUAACAAGAACGCACUUACAGCGGCAGUCAGUCUCGCUUCUUUGGAGAUUAGAUCGAUAAAUGAGGAGGCGAUUAAUUCUAUACGAAACAGGAUUUACUCGCUAAAGAUUUUUUACUUCCUACUUUAUCGACGUCGAUACUUUUACUUGUUUCUGAAAUGAUUUAGUACGCGUGUUAGCGACAACCGGAAAUACGUCUGCAGUCGCAGGCUAUAGGCGUGUACAAAUAGGGCCUCGAUUCCAGAGAAAUUACGUCAUUGCCAGAGAUAAAAAAAAAGUGUUUUACAUGACACGUCAUUUCAAUCAUCGCCGAAAAUAGACCGCAUGCUCAUCGCAAGACCCGUUUUGCAUUCAAUGAAAGUUUACAACACCCGCCUAUCGCUGUUUUGCUGAUUAAGAUUCUUUUUUUUUUUUUUUCGACUACUCUGUAGUGCUCACUUGUUCGAAAGUAGUCAACGCUUUCAAGCGAUAGAAUUCGUGGACCGACACUUUCAGAAAAGCUCUAAAUUUAAUCGUUCGCAAACAUGCGUGGCUUCGAUUACAACGAUUCUUAGUCCCAGUUUCCUCGGUCUACGCAAGGAACACCUGGCACAAUAAUCCCCCCAUUUGUAUACAAAAUACUACGGAAAAAAACCCGGGGGUACUUCCAGAACGCUUCCUGAACCCUUACCCUCUUUCAGACCAAAAUCUGAGAUUUUUCCUACCCUAUUUGAGACCUGAUCAUAAAUUUGAUCUCCUAUUUCAGACCUCAGCCCUGGAGCGCAGCGCGUGACCGGAGCGCGUGAGAAGCUGUUACGGCACGUACACGGUUGGCGUAAACAUUAAAAUGGUCUUAUGGCCAAAUAACGAAGAAGUAGCUUCUUCUAAAAAACAUACCAAAUUCAAGACUAGAGUGCACAAACCAUACUCUAUUUCAGACCAAAAUAGUCGAAAUUGAUACCCUAUUUCAGACCAAAACGGCCACAAACUAUACCCUAUGACACCGCUUAUACUACUACAUGAGAAAUUUCUGCAAUCUGAUUGGCUUAGCGCAGUGGUAUUUCAGCUUAAUUUGAAAUACCUACAUGUUUGGCAUAAAUACCACUCGUGAUAUUUCAAAAUUGUCUCAAAUUUCACUCGCCUAACGGCUCGUGAAAUUACGUACAACAAUUUCGAAAUAUCACUCGUGGUAUUUAUGCCAAAUAUCACUACAAAUCAUGCUAUUACCUAUACAAAUACCUAUAUAGCCGGUAUAAGGGGCGUAAAACGCGUUGCAGAUUAUGAGUCUCGCUGCGUAAGCAAACAAAACGGAUCGAAAUCAACCAAUCACGAAUUACAAACCAUGACCUUUUGAACUCGUGCAAAUAAACAUGACUUGUGUUUCCGCUAAGAUGAUUGACGGAACAGGAAAAGUCGAAAUUCCUUCGAAGUUUGCAAAACGCACAGCGCGACACAACGAAUUUCGCUCUAAUUCAACGGCUAAUUUUGGAUGGCAAAGAUUAAAAUAGGUCAAUAAACGUGAUGCAAUGCACUUUUCUUCUUCUCUAAAUGUAGGCAUUCGUGGUGAGCGAGUCUAUAUAGAUAAGAAUGGUGACGCGGAAGAAAAGAUUUUAUUUCUACUGGAUAUGCGAUGGCCGAAUACAUGUGAGUUGUAUUUACUUAAUAUUUUUUUUAGUUUAUGUUAUUUUUUAUAAUUAUUAUUAUUAUACUACUACAUGAGAAAUUACUGCAAUCUGAUUGGCUUAGAGCAGUAGUAUUUCAGCUUAAUUUGAAAUACCUACAUGUGAAAAUUACAACCCUUUUGCGGGUAGUAGUAUAAACAAAUAAUAGCAUGAUUUGUUCGUGAUAUUUGGCAUAAAUACCACUCGUGAUAUUUCAAAGUUGUCUCAAAUUUCACUCGCCUAACGGCUCGUGAAAUUACGUAUAACAAUUUUGAAAUAUCACUAGUGGUAUUUAUGCCAAAUAUCACCACUAAUCAUGCUAUUACCUAUACUUAUUAUUAUUAUUAUUAUUAUUAUUAUUAUUAUUAUUAUUAUUAUUAUUAUUAUUAACAGGAACAUCCAUGCAACAGGAGCUUUCCUUAUAAAGCUAAUUUGUUAAGACGCUCUCCUUCAUAACACAAAUACAAUUUAUGACUUGUAUAGACCACGUAUGUUUAUUGAAAAUGUUUGAUAUUGAGUUUCGAUUCCUUUAUUGUAGUGAAGACUGAAUGCCCAGCAAAGCUUGUGCCAGUGGGUAAUUUUACGAUUCAAUAUCAAAACAAUAGCGAACCUCAGGUGAACUUCGCUCUCAGGUCUGAUGCGAAAAUUCAAUGGCCUGGAGGAACCCCCCCUAAGGAUAGUCCAGAAUGCGGCUUUGAAAACGACUUGUGCCCACCUGAAUAUUCAUCUAAGGAAGCUGAAAGUGGUAAGGCGAAUAAAAUAAAUUUAAAUCAAAUAUAUUCAGUACAGAAUGUUUAAUAGACUGUUUUCACUCAGGUGGCCAGCAUCUAUAUAAAAUCUAUUUGGACCAAAAGAGAGGUUUGGUACACCAACAUGGCCCCCGCGAAGUCAUGUGAAAAUGCUCUUAAGGAUAUUACGUUCUAAGUAAUUUUGAAUUUGGCCAAUCUUGGUACUGUUAAUUUUACAAAGUUAACGUGGUUUAUUGCAAACUAUAUUAUGAGGGCUUGGAUUGCGGAAUUGAAAAACAUUCAUCAAAUGCAAUGAGAGAUAGAAUGCAUCUAUUCAAAUCUAUUCGGACCAACAGAGUGGUUUGGUACACCAACAUGGCCUCCCCGAAGUCAUGUGAAAAUGCUUUUAAGGAUAUUACGUCUCAAGUAAUCCUUGAAUUUGGCCAGUCUUGGUACAUUUGGUUUUAUAAAAUUAACGUGGUUUAUUGCAAACUGUAUUCUGCUGGCUUGACAUGGAUUGCAGAAUUGAAAAACAUCCAUCAAAUGCAAGGAGAGAUAAUGCAUCUAUGCAAAUCUAUUUGUGCCAAAAGAGUGGUUUGGUAUACCAACAUGGCCUCCGAGAAGUCUUGUGAAAAUGCUUUCAAGGAUGUAAGUAAUUCUGAAUUUGGUGCAGUUAGUUUUAUCAAGCAAGAAACGAAGAGGAAGACAAAAAGUCCUGAAUAAAGCAGCUACAAUAGUUCUAAAUAAGGCUAGACACAAAAUAGGAGACUCGAAGAGGAAGCUCACACAUAGUUAGCAAGCCAGGUCCAGAAAGGGUCAUGAAAAGCAAAUGUUUAAAAUUAGAGGCCCCUGAUAUGGCAAAAAAGAAACCUCUGCAUAGUCUGCCAAGUAACGCUCAGUAAUUUUUAAAGAAGUACAGUAGCCUUGCUGUGGAGGGGGGCCAGGAUGAUUAUCUUUUCUCGAUGAAAGCCCAAAAUAUAUGUUUUUCAGAUGCUUAAUCUAGACAAAUAUUGUUUGGGGGUUGAAAUUUGUCGUGCGCACCAGGAAAUAAAAAAGCUCAAAAUGGAUCAUCUGUGGCCCGCUGUAUCACACACCAUGCUGCAACAGUUACAGAAUGUCAUAAAAGUUACUGAAAUUCUGAAUACAUGUACUCGAUAGAACAAUAAACAUCUUCUAGAAAUAAAGUUUUGAUCCAAUCAAAAGUUAUAGCGCAGAAAAUUAGAGGAACGAACUUUUGGGACACCCUGUACGUGUUACGCGAAUGUUAUUUUAUUUUUUAUAUGCGUGUUAGGGUUGGGAAGGGGGGGAGGGGGGUAUUCUUCUAUAGUGAAAAUGUAAAUUUUUUUUUCUAAAUAUUUCACACAUAGUUGGUUUAAUUCUUUUAAACUAGUAAUAGUUGACACUACAGCUGCCCCCGUUCUGUACAUUGUCGGUCAAUAGUAUUCUUGCUGGUUGUGUAGCUCUUUGAAAUAUACCGAUUCAUAAUGAAGAUUUUCACACAUAUUCCAUACAAUAGGUGAGAAAAAGGAAGGAAACGCAAGAUUCCGUGUACAGUUUCAGCUCGAUUUACUCAGCUUUGAUCAAAACAUUCUCAGUUUCGAGAAUAGUUUAUUCUAAACCAUACGAAAAGAUUUAAUUAGAAGUUGAAUUUUUCGCUAUUUCUCUUUCACUUUUUACAUUUAGUUCAAUAGACAUUUUAUUUGCCGGAAAGUAAGCCUUAGAAAUUAAAAGGACGUUUGAUCGAUUCACGCUUGCGCAUUCUAGUCUUAUUUGAAACUUUUUAACGCAAGGACAUCUGUGAGCAGGGGAAAAGUCAGCACAGAAUUUGAUUGUCGGGCUUAAGUACAUUAACAGGUAGUUAGACGAUCACUAUUCGAUCGGCAACAAGUGAGCAGAAGGAACAAACCCCGACUCAGAAUAAGGCCAGUUUCUCUCUCUUUCUCACAGACCGUUCCAAAGGUUAUAUUAUCAAAGAUUUCUGAACUCGUGUCUGGCAAACCUCCAAGUGUUUAUAUAUACACAGUUAAACGCACCUUAUAACCUCAUCUGCGCUUAACGAGUGUCUUUUGGCCCAUAACUUUCAAAACAGCUGCUCCACAGAAUGUCACUGCGUACUGCAAGAGAGUAUCAAAGUAUGACUGCACAAUAAAUGUCACAAAAUCUACCUGAGCGGUCCCUUCGGAAUUUUCUGUCUUUACGUCAUUCUAACCAUUUCGUACUUGCGAGCGCAAACAAUAGAAACGUCAUCAUUACCUACCGAUUCCUCGCGGCCCCUGUUCGAGCAAAUCGAGAUUUUUUCUAUUAUACUGACUGUAUAUUUGAACUGUAAGUACUGACCUUAAUAUACGCGCGAGUUACUAGGGUGCCUCCUCGGGAUUUCGCCUCUGGGCGAAAUCCCUGCGGGGGCAAUAACUUUAAAUUGAUCAAAUUUGACUUUUUCAUUACUUUGCAGUUAAGAUGGCGAUAAUUGCUGGAAUAUCAGGGUUUGCAGCCCUUCUGCUUUGUCUUUUCUGUGUAACCAGAAUAAGGUUAGUUUGUUCGGCUGCUCUCUAAAGGUUAAUCUUUUAUUCUAUAUUGCAAUGGCACUAUACGCUCCCCCCGCGUGUGUACUCAUGAAAGAUCCAAAUAAAUGGUUUUCUUUCAUAAACUCUAGCUACUUUGGAUUUAAUUCUCUGAAUUGACCUUACCGUACAUUUGUUUUCUUUCUUCAGACAAAUCAAAUCGGAAAGAGAGCUGAAGAGUUUAUUAUGGAAAAUAGAUUAUUCUGGAAUUGUCCUUGCAAACUCAGACUACUUCGAAUCAAUGGACGAUGACACGCUUGUAAGACUUUUUUUUUCAGUUCGUUUUAUAUCUGACCCAAAAAAUAGGGAUGAAAACAUUUUAAAGAGUAAGUUAAUUUCGUCAUGUUGUUAGACCUUAUACUUUUGAUAGGGCAAUGCCGCUCUCGUUAAAAGUGAUUCCUAAGAAUAUAUGUCUUACAAAUUAGCCGUCUUCGCUAAGUUACUUUCGUAUAUUUCACCCUUAAAUGUUUCUAUGACAACAAUAAAAUGUUAAAAAAGGUUGUAACUUUAUGAUUUGAUAACGUAGAUAUAAGAAGAAAACGUGAGGCCCCCUGUCAUUAUAAUAGUAAUUAAUGUUGUUCAAGAUAUGUGCAUGGAGUUGGCUUGUAAGACUGAUUUCAUUUUUCUUUUGUUUCUCUGUAGUCUUUCCAAGAGAACGAAAGCGACAUUUUGCUCCAGUCCAUCAGAAAUGGUGAAAGCACUGGCGACUUAACUCGAUUUGGGUUUUUCAAGGUACUAGUAUUAUAACUCAGUUCUGUUUCGCCCCAUGUGAAGGAAUUCAAGGCAGUCUUGGAUUCUGGACUCCACGCCAUGGAUUCUGGAUUCCAGGUACUGGAUUCCAGAUCUUUGUCAGUGGAACUUGGAUUCCAGUUGUUAGUGGGAUUCCGGAUUCCAAGGCCCAGGAUUCCGGAUUCAACAGGCAAACAUUUCCAAGAUUCUGGAUUCCACAUGCAAAAAUUUCCAAGAUUCCGGAUUCCACCUGCAAAAAUAUAUCAAGAUUCCGGAUUCCAAAGGCAAAUAUUUCCAAGAUUCCGGAUUCCACAUGCAAAAAUUUCCAAGAUUCCGGACUCCACACGCAAAAAUUUCCAAGAUAUCCGGAUUCCACAAGCAAAAAUUUCCAAGAUUCUGGACAUGGGGCGAUCGGUUUUUAUUCGAUUAUAAUUGUCUCAUUGAAGGAUCGAAGUUAAAGCCACGCCAAUCAGUUAUCCUAUUGUUUGUUUGUUUUCUAGGGGACUUCUGUGGUAGUUAAACAAGUUGGCACAAAAGCUGUAGAUUUAACCCGUUCUGUGCUAGUGGAAAUGAAACAGGUAUCUGAAAAAUAAAUUUCGAUUAUGCGUGACCGUGACCGUAGUUUUUCAAUUCAGCUUUGUUGUCUCAAUCACAGAUGCUUGAUGUUCGACAUGACAACCUUGCACACUUUAUCGGAGCUACCAUUGACCCUCCGAACAUUUGCAUUGUGACAGCAUUUUACUCUCGUGGAAGCCUUCAAGUAAGUUUGACUUUAUUAUUAUUAUCAUUGUCAUUUGCAAUCCUCGGCUUGCUUGUUUAAUCCCUGAAGCACCGGCUCCAAACCAUGGACCUUGGGUACCAACGAGUUCACUUAUUUGACAUGAACCUUCAGAACCUUGGGCUGUUCCCAGAAAAGUCAUUUUUUGGAGCUCGUACAUCAUCAUCAUCAUCAUCAUCAUCAUUAUCAUCAUCAUCAUUGUCAUCGUCAUCAUCGUCACCAUUACCGUCACCGUCAUCGUCGUCGUUAUCGUCAUCAACAUAAUUAACUUUAUUGUUAUUAUUAUUAUUAUUAUUAUUUUAUUAUUGUUUCUUUAUUCGUUGAUUUAGCUAUUUUAAAGUAACAUUAUUUUGAUUCACUGAAGCUGAUGUUUUCUAAUUCUGCGUGUAUGCUUAAUGGUUCCUCUUAACAUUACACUUCUUAGACUUCUUUUAAUUAUAUAUACAUUUUUUUAUACAUUACACUCUUAACUAAAGCUAUAAAUACUGGAGGAUGUUGAUAAUGAUGUAACACUGUGAUGUACUUUCUACUCAACGUUGUCUAUAAAAUCAUUUCAAAGAUAAUUAUGUCUGAUUUCUUCCUUUUCAUUACAAGGAAAUCUUGGCGAAUAAAGAUGUGAAAUUGGACCACAUGUUUAUUUCUUCACUUGUCAAUGAUAUAGUUAAGGUAACUGUGUAUUUUUCUGAAAGUGUUGCAAAUAAUUAUAGUUAAUGUUAUUCCCGCCUUAUGGCAUGCAUGAUUUCAAAAAAAUUUCAUUGAUCUUACCCGUUAAGUCAUACAUGUAUGUAUCUUACACACGUUAUUUUUUGUAGGGUAUGGCCCAUCUUCACAGCUCGGACAUCAAAUCGCACGGGAAUCUUAAAUCUUCCAAUUGUUUAGUGGAUAGCCGCUGGGUACUAAAGAUUGCUGACUACGGUCUACCAACAAUUCGAUCCAAGCUAAAGAAAAGUUACCUCUAUACUGACUUGUAUUAUAAAGGUAUUUUAUCCGUCAUGUGUUUGAGUUUUUGCAUUCGAGUGCAUCAGCCAGGGUGUUUCUUUUAAUCAGCAGCGUGGAACGUAUUCUCACCUUUUUACCGGGAUGGGACAUCAACCCAAAGCCCAACCCCCGACCUGGAGGCUCAGGCGUUGCAAUUCGUUUGGCCCUUCACCCACUUAAAACCUUCCCUGUACGGUUGAACUACCAGGGACCGAGGUCCCGACUCGUAUAGCUUUCAGGAUCACCCAGGCACGCAAACCUCCCCACCACGUUAAGGGCGAAACGCCUAAGAAAGAUUGUGAGCCUUGUUUCGUGAUUCUGUGUGUCGCAGUUUCAGAGGCUGAACAACAGACAGGUAGAGUCCGCGAAAAAUACGUCAUGGACGUUUUUGCGAUUAAUUAAUCCAAACGUUUAAGUAGUAAUUAGAUCUUCGUUUAUAAUUUCCUUUGAGAGAAAACCAGCUUUGGCCACUUUUUGCAUUUAGAACUUUUAUGGAUGGCUCCAGAAAUUCUUCGAAUGAGCGACCGUCCAGUUAAUGGAACACAGAAAGGAGACGUAUACAGUUUUGCUAUUAUUUUGCAAGAAUUUCACACCAGAGAAGCACCCUAUAGUGGCAGUUAUCUACAGCCAAAAGGUAAAAUUUUAUCUGUAAAUAAUAGAAUAAAGUUCCAAAGGCUAGUCAGAAUAUUUAGCAAUUAUUGGAUGAGGCUGAGACGGUAUGAUGUGAAGAAUUAUGCAGGUCGAGAAGAAUGUGAUCUGCAUAAUUUACAAAUCAAACCAAAGACGAAUUAUUUAAUUGUUUCACUAUUCAUUCAAAAUAUUUCAAACUUACAAUAUGCUUACCUAGAUGAUCUAUGUAAGUUACCGUCUUUAUAACUUUUACUUGCUCCUUGGCAGUCUCAGGAUAUGAAGGAGAUAUUCAUUAAAUGGCAGUUGUCAUUUGUCGAGUGGCACUGCAUUGUCGAGUUUCCCUUCUUGUUAUGUUUUUAGCAGCCGUUCUCCUACUUCUUUCGGUCAAAACGUGAGAAAUCUUCCGCCAUUUUUUUCUCCAGUUCCACAAAGCAACUGAGUCACCUUACCUUCUGUUGUGCCUGUUUUCCAGUCAAUUACUCGUUAAAGCGUUUGACCUGCUCCCGAUCUUCUCGCGGUUGCGUCGCCAGAGGAAAAAGACAAAGAAAGAAAGAAAAAACAAACAAACAGCAAUAAAACAACAACAACAACAACAACAACAACAACAAAAAUAAAACAGCAGCAUUUGCCUGCUAAUACAGCCAGCUACACUGGCUUAACUAAGAGUUAAGCCAAAUUUUUAGCAACGUCUUCCUGUCUAGGAACGUGUACCUGGAGCUUUUGAAACAUUUUUCAUCCUUUACUCCUCUGAGAUGUACAUGCCCCAAACAAUCUCUAGGGAGGUAAAUUAUAACUUUAUCAUUGCUAAAUGUGAUUGACGCUAAUCGCCAUUCAGGAGCAGGGCCUGGUUAUAAAUAUGACAUAAAAUCUGCAUAUAUAUGGAUUAGUUACACGUUAACUGAGAAAAUAUUGUUGAGGGUAAUGAUGUGACAUUUGAUAAAUAUUAUUGUUGAGGGUAACGACUCAACGGUUAAUGUCCUAUGGACAUGGUAAUGGGUUUUAUUAAUUAAACUCAACUGGACUUUUACUCACACGAGCUGGUGACAACGUUUAGUUCGCCUGCAUGCCUAUGGGUGCGUCUUCCACGCUUUCUUUAGGAAGACCAAAGUAGCUGAUUCCUACAUUCUCAAUUCUUAUUUCUUUUAUUAGAAAUCAUAAAGCGCGUCAGUGAGUGCGAGGUGCCUCCGUUUCGCCCCACCGAAGUCGCCCUCAUCCCUCAAGUGGAGGAGUUAAGAGAAUUGAUGAAAUUUUGUUGGGAGGAAAAGCCUGAAGCACGUCCAGACUUUCACGAGAUCAAGAAAACCAUGCAGAGAAUAUUGAUAAACAGUGGCAUGUAAGAAAAGACAAUUCCAAUAUUUCAUUGUUCAGAAUUAUCCUGAUACCAGAAUUAUAUACCCAGCCAAGUGCAGGAAUGGAUCGAUACCAAUAAGCAUUUCUCAGAGGAUGACAUUGUGGGCAUUGCCCAAGACUGAGUCAGUUGAGACGAUUUACAGUCGACUGCUCAUCUGUCGACCGAUGAUGGUGAUUAUAUACUCUUGACAAUGCAAGUCUUGAUUCGAUUGCAUGAGAAAUCGAUGAUUUCAAUACUGUCCACUUAGGGCAUAUAACGCAGAGAGAGAUGUUUUCACGCAGCAUAAGAAAACGAAAAAUAGGUCAGUCCUGGCAGAUUAACGGUUUGGUUUCACACUGUGUUGCACCGUCGACAAGCCCUGGUAACUCGUCUUGAUCUUAUGCCUAACCGUAAAUGGUGGUGAAUUUACAAACAGUUACAAAGUUAACCGACUUUCGAUCUUAAUAGAACUACUGUUUACUCAUUCUCCCCUCUAUUCUAUCCUUAGGAAAACAAAUAUAUUUGACAAUGUGGUGUAUAUGAUGGAGAAAUACGCAGAUAAUCUAGAGGACCUUGUGAGUGACAGAACCGCUCAGCUGAUAGAGGAGAAGAAAAAGACUGAUGCAUUGUUGGAUAGAAUAUUACCAAGGUAUAAGGUUUUACAAUAAUAUCACAUGGUAAAAGGUGACUUACUCAACAAAAUUUUAUGAGGGGAGACUCCAUCCCAUGGUCCAACCCCUUACCUUUUUAUAUACGUACCAUUUGUGACAAGAAAAGUUACCCUUUGAAUAUAUACCGUCCGUUGUCAAAUGGUACUCCUUUUUACAUACCUACCUAACUGCUCUAACUGACUCGUCAAUUUAAUAUGAAUAAAAUUAAUCUCUAAAACAGGAAGUUAUUCUUGCAAUUUCCUCAGGCAUAAGUUGCGUUAUUUCGAAAUACUUUAAUUUAAAGCCUUAUAAACUACCGAUUGGAAAUGACAUAUUACCCAACGUUUUCAAUUACUUCAUUUCGGGAAAUCCCUACCCUUUCAUACAUAGCCUCCCCGCUAGGCCAUUAUAGGGAGUACUCCCUUCCCCAGGAGGGAAAAUUCUGUUCAGUUCCGCCUGAAAGUGUCCUGACGGAGGGCUUGAGCCCCCUCGCUUAGACGACUGUUUUAUCCUAUACACUGCGUCCUGCUCACGAAAGAAAAUUCCUAAAUUGUUUCUUGCACAAACGUUUAAGCCAAUAUUUUGUCUUUUAGACCUGUUGCAGAGCAGCUUAAAAGAGGUAAAGCAGUAGAAGCGGAAAGUUUUCAUGAGGUUUCCAUUUACUUCAGUGACAUUGUUGGAUUUACUGAGCUAUCAUCGUCAAGUACACCGAUGCAGGUAUCUUAUACUUUAAUUAGAAAUUUUCUCUUAGGAUUUUGUCGUUAAAAAGGAUGUAGGUGUUUCCUCGUCAUCUUGCGAAUAAAAGACUGGCCAAAUUCCAGGCCCAGAAGAAAAAAAAAAUACGGUAAUGACAAGGCCAAAAUAAAGAGCAACAAGCAGUCUGUGUUCCAUUCUGGAAAUCGGCCCAUGAAAGGGAAUCCAAGACAGUGUUGGAUUCUGGAUUUCACUUUAGGGAUUCCGGAUGCUACUUACUAGAUUCCAAUCGUUAGUGGGAUUCUGCAUGGAUUCCUUGGGCUGUAUUCCGAAUUCCAGUGCCCAGGUUUCCAGAUUCCACGAGAAGAAUUUUCCAGAUUCCGAAAUCCGGAUUCCCUUACACUGAGGGCGACUGGAAAACAUUGAAGAAAUUCAUUUGAACUUUGAAAUACUGCAACCGAGCUCGUUUUUCUUUCUUUUAGGUUGUAACAUUUUUAAAUGACCUCUAUACGCUAUUUGAUGACAUCAUAAGUGCAUUUGACGUUUAUAAGGUAUGUUGCUUUCUAACACCAACAGGGGUGAAGGUAGUGAGAAAGUACUCCUAUGCUUGCAAUGACCCGAGCUUCGAUGCCAGUACAUUUGGUCGGAGAAAUGGGACACGAAGCCCCUCAGAUUUUUACCCUCAUUUUGAAUCUGUUUUGGUUAACUGUGUAGGAAAAGUGCCGGAUGAGCUAAAGACUUAAUAGUCUCCCUCGCAGCCGUUUUUUGGAAGUCACGCAACGUUCUUUUGGGGGAGCGUUGCGUGACAUCCAAAAAACGGCUGCGAGGGAGACUAAAGACUCAAAAGCCUCACACCGAAUUUAUACCAGGCAAACUUUUGCUUCAAUGGAUAUAGAGCGUUUUCAGUCAUGUGACCAGCAUUUAUACAAAUUUAUGGGAACAGAAGAAAUUGUUUACAUAAGAAAAGAGUUGAACUCCCACAGGAUUUGUUUGGAACACCAAAAAAAAAAACAAACAAAAUGGGCCUGGGUCGUAUUUUAGAAGGAUCUAUAUGGAGUCAUCGGAGCAUAACAGUACUAAUAUCUCCCCGCCAAUUUUGCUUUAACAGGCUCAUUUUUGGCAAGUAAAAAUAUUUUGUUGCUCUUUCUGGAUGUGCCAACCUAUCCCAUAAUUACACAGAUUUGAAAUUUUUUGGCGUCACACUUCUCUUCUCUAUAACGUGUUUCAGUGAGAAAAUUAAGUUGACAAAUCAUCAGACGGAUCUAAAACAGCCAUCUUUUGGUACAACCAAACCAUGUGAAGUUAAAAUUAACUAAUGCUAAUGUAUGUUAAUGUAGAAUUGGCUUUUUCUGUCAGGUUGAGACAAUAGGAGACGCUUACAUGGUAGUAUCUGGCCUUCCAAUAAGAAAUGGUCACAACCACGCUGCGGAAAUAGCAGGAAUGGCGCUUCAUUUAAUUGAAGGAGUAAAGAAGGAUUUUACAAUUCGUCACAAACCUGACCAUAAAAUCGAACUGCGUGUUGGUAUACACAGUGGUAAGUCCGCGAAGCAAGGCAUUAUACAUAGUGCAGUGUAUGAGUAGUGUUAAACUCGGUCCUUCCUCGUCGGCUUGUGUCGUCCUCGUUUUUUCGGCCCCUCCGUGGUCUCCUUUCUCUUUUCUAUAAUUAUCGUCGACUAAAGAAAAUAGUUCUUUUGCUUUUAUUACCUGGUUUACAUAAUAACCAGGCUUACCAGGAAUACCCAGGUUAACCAGGGUUUUUGGAUAGAUGGUUAACUGGCCGGGUAAGCCCGGUUUGACAACCAAGAAAGCCUCGUUGUUUGAACCAGGCUUGCACCCUGGUUAACCCAAGCUUUUGGUGCACGGGAAGCCUCUAUAAGUAAAAAAUUAUCCACAGAAAUACUCCAGAGAUUACCUUAUUCGCUCAAGCGUAGCUCUAGUCAUUUUUUGUUUACGUUCUUUCUAGGCCCUGUAGUGGCUGGUGUGGUGGGUAACACGAUGCCACGUUACUGUUUAUUUGGUGAUACAGUGAACACAGCGUCUAGAAUGGAAUCAACUGGAGAAGGUAAGAAAUCGUUUCACAUUGACAACUUUUUAAAGGGCUAAGUUAUGCGCAAUAUGCCAGCUAAUCUUAAUAAAAAAGACAAAAAGGACAGAAAAGAAGCCAAAAAAUAAAAUGGAACAGGACUAGACUGCAAAACAACCCAAUUUUUUGCGUUAGUGAUUGGCCAUUUUGAGGUCACGUGGGACUGAGCCGGUGAAUGUCACAUUGCAUUAUGGGACGGUUUUGGGGCGCUUACUUUAUUUUUACGAAGUUGCACAUUCAAACUUUGUUCCCCCAAACAGUCCCAUAUUGGUGCAACUCGACAAAGUCAUUACUGACCCAGUUUCAUGCACAAUCUGAAAAUGUUUCAUAUCUCUGAUCAAUUUUAUUGUUCUGUUACUUUGUCGCGGUAACACUGAACCACAAAGCGUGACCCGGUUGCUCUUGUAGCGUAGAGUGGGGAGUGCUUCAAGCAACAGCUACUCACUAGUACACUGCUCAGGAAAACAGUGCCUUUUUUUGCAGCGCACUUGAGACUUAAUUCUUGAUACGCGUAUACUUUUUUCAGGUUUAAAAAUUCAUAUUAGCGAAGCAACGAAGUCUAUUUUGGAAACAUUAGGAGGCUUUACAAUCGAAGAACGAGGACCCGUACACUUAAAGGUAGGCGAUUCUUAAACUUGAUUUGCAAUCUUACAUUGAGCACGAAAAAUAAGAAAUAAUUUAAGUGAGCGUAAUAAUUGCGCUGAGUUCUCAUUUAUGUAACAUUACAACUCAUUUACGCCAUGUAAAGUCAAACAUUACGCUUCCUUUACGCAUAUGCGGAAGGUAGCAUGAAGACUUGGUACAUGCUAAGGGCAACCUUACUCAACCUUUACAUAAAGCGUAGAUGAGCGUAAAGCUUUUACAACGUCGAGUAGUUCAAGGACUGGCACGUAUUGGUUUACCUGUGAAAAAUGAUUUAUUGGCUAUACCUUCAGCACAGAUUGUGAAGCUGAAUAUAAAAUUUGGCACAAAUAAAAAUAAAGAACUCCAUCCUUAAAAAUUUAAAGGUAUAAAUAUUGUGUUUAUAAGUCGUGAUAUACCACGGGACCAUUCUGCUAAAAAUAGCAAAUAAUUGACAAAUUGGUGGCGGGUUUAAGAAAAGAAAUCCAGCAAAAAAAAUAGCAGCUGUCGUCCUUCGAGAUGUCUUCUUGCUGUUCUUGCCAUGUUUUUAGCUAUUUUUUCGCCUAGUUCUUACUCUUGAAACAAGUGAAAUGUCCGCCAUUUUUCAAGUUUACAAUCAAAACAACUCAACCUCGUCCCUAGGUCUUCUCGGUUAACGGUGCCUUUGACGUCAUUUUCUCGUUAAACACAAAAUUCUUCCAAAUUUGGACAUCAGUAACCUGUUAUGGUGAAUUAAACGUGUGCUUUUAGCCAAUUAGAAUCGGGAAAAUAUUUUGAAUGAAUAAUACUUAACAAUUAAUGAACGAGCGACUCAUAGAAUACUUCUUAAUACCUCUAGCUCCUCCCACAAUAGGCAGCUCCGGCAUUCGGCUCCGCCUAUUGUGGGAGGCUCUAGAGGUAUUAAGAAGUAUACUAUGCUUUCGGCUUAAGUUAUUUUGCUUUAUUAUUCAUUUAAAAUAAUUCCUAGUUCAAAAACAUAGCUCAAACAAGCUUACCUGCAUCGAUGUUAAGUUUAUCUUCGAUAGUUUACGUUUAGGUUUGUCCAGCUCCGCAAAUAUUCCCCAAAUAGCAGAUGUCGCCCUGCGAGUUGUCUUCCUGCCUUUUUUGCUAUGUUUUUAGCCAUUAUUUCGCCUAGUUUCAACUGUACUUCUUACUCUUGAAACGAGUGAAGUGGCCGCCAUUUUAGGUUUUACAACGAAAACAACUCAAUGUCGUCCCCAGGUCUUCCCGGUUAACGGUGCAUUAACCUGUAGAAGGCUGCAUUUUUGACGUCAUUUCCUCGUUAAACACAAAAUUCUUCAAAUUUGGUCAUCAGUAACUGGUUAUGGUGAAUUAUGCGUGUGCUUUUAGCCAAUCAGAAUUGAGGAAAUAUUUUGAAUGAAUAAUAAUAAACCUUAAGGCAGUUUUUUAUGCCAGCUUUACGCAGCACGUAAAUUCACCUUUACGCAGGUUAAUGUACACUUUAAUAUUUGGUAAGCGUCAAUUUUAAGGCUGUUUAAACCAGCAUAAGGUCCUUGAAUCAGAUUUGAUAAGCUUGACGUCUGUUUGCUACUAUAGGGCAAAGGGACAGUUAAAGGAUAUUGGUUAAUUGAUUUUGCAAACCGGGCAUUACAUCGGCAUCGCCCAUCUACUAAACGCCACAAAGGACUGACAGAUGCUUCUGUUGCUUUCCGGGAAAUGCUGGAACCGCCUCCAUCGCCUUGCAGGUUGUCACGUGCGUCAUCUCUCAGAAGAAAUAUGAAAGCUAUCAGCGAAUCUCCCUUGUUCAAAAGAAGACAACUCAUGGAAGCCGAUGAGACAUUAGAUGAAACAAAUGACACCCAAGCCUUUAUCUAG